AUGUGGAACAGUGGAAAAAUACCUCAAGACUGGAGGGAUGCAGUUAUUAGUAAGCUGUACAAAGGAAAGGGAGGUGUAUCCGAUUGCUGCUCUUACCGAGGAAUAUCACUUCGAUCCAGCGCCGAGUUCAAAGCGAAAUCGAAAGUUCAAAAGAUCUCCAAAUUGGAGAUUGUUUAUGCUGACGACGUGUCCCUCACGUCAGAUAGCAUGUCGCAACUUCAAAGUUAUGUUGAUUGUUUCAUCGAUCUUGUCAACAACUUGGUCUGGUUACGACCAGAUGAUGUGAGUCUUGGAAGCGUUUACGAGUGCUUCCAAGACUCACAUCAUCAAACAACCACCAAAAGGAAGUACAGCUGA